AUGGUGAAAAUAUUAGAUCGAAAGGAUAGUAUAGAAACUGUCGGUGGUGAUGAUAGGGAUAGAAUAUGCACCAAAAAGGUCAUUUUGAUCAGCGCAGCUAUUGUCAUCCUUUUGAUUAUUGUAAUAACGGUCCCAAUUGUGGUCUCCUCAAAUAGGUCCAGUUCCGCUAGGAUAAUCUAUGAACUUCUGCGAAAGCAACCUAAAACACAAACCGAAUUCUAUGAACAGGUACAAGCUUUAAAGAAAAUUCGAGAAGAGGAGUUGAAGCCCAUUAUGGAUAUUACAAACAAACUCAAGGAAGAACUCAAAAACGUCAAACCUGAUUUUUUGGAUGGUGGUUCAGACGAAUGUCUUGCUAAGGGCAUCUCAAAGUUAUGCAUAAAAGACUGGGAGGUCAAGUACAUCACCUACUCUGAGCUCUUCCAACUGGCCACAUUACUUGAGCCCAUCAAGGACAAGGUCAAUCCAAAGUUUGAAGUACAGGUACUCGCCAAAUUCAUGGAGUACUGUGAAGGCUAUAAUAUCUACUGGUAUGACGAGGGAACAUUUAGAAAGUAUCUCUUUCUCUUCCGCAAGGACGUCAUCCAGAUGGAGAAGCAUAACAGGGACCCCUCUAAAAAGUACAAGAAAGGAUACCACACCAGACUCGCGGAAGAUGUGGCAGUAACUGAACAAGAGAUGAAGAAGGUUGACUAUGAUGGUCUUGAUCUGUCAAAGGAUGCGAACAUAACGCCAAAUCCAUUUGUCUUUGAGUUAAAUCGCGAAAACCCCAACUCUAUAAUAGAUUGGAGAGAAGGUGGAUAUGUGACCAAAAUAGAUGCUGAUAGGCUGAGAAAAUGCAAUUCACCGUGGGUUUUGGCAGCCACUGCCAUGUAUAACGCCUUUUAUACAAUCAAGACUAGGCAUAGGAUAGUCUUUAGUGCACAGCAACCUUUGGAUUGUGUUACUGACUUCGAUAGGGGAGAUUUAAAGAAAGCCAUCGACUACUUUGUUAGAACGCCAAUCUGCUUUGAAACCAGAUAUCCAUUCACUGGAACAAAGGAUCGCUGUCAAGAUGAAAAAUGCAGGGGUGGACAUAUUGUAAAAUCAAUAGUAAAGGUUGACGCAGGAAAAGCUGAAGAUCACCUCAAAAAGAAUGGACCAUUCUUGACUCUUUUCUAUGCACCAGAAGGUCUUAGUGAUAAUUAUGACGGUGGUCUCUACAAGGAAACCCUGGGAAAUAACCAAAGAUUCAUAGCAUUGGUAGUGGGAUUUGGCACAGAUCCCGAAACAAAAGAAAAGUACUGGAUAGCACAGCCAGCCUGGAAGACAAAACCUGGUUGGGGCGAAGAUGGUUACUUUAGAAUUGAUUAUGAAAUAGCGAAGGGGUCAAGGGGCAUCUUUGAAAAUGCAUACGGAUUAUCCAGACACCAAGCGUAA